GGCUGCAGCAGAUUUAUCAGGGGCUGAAGCCAGGCAACGAGUCCUUUCAAGUCGAAACCGUCAAGAGAAUACAGAACAUGUCAGAGGCGAUCGAUUUUCUGCGCAGCCUGGAGGAACUUAACCGAUGGAGCAACAAAUACGUCGUGCUCGACUGCCCCACGGACAUGGCGAAGGAUAUCGUCGUGAGCCACGUGAGAGACGUGGCUCUGGGAAAGAGGACGUAUCAUUAUCUGCUGAGUGGCUUGAUAAUGGACGACCGAUGGGAGAGCGAGGUGAUCGAGUACGGCGCCAUCAACAUCACCGGCUUUCGUAUCGUGGACGCCACUCGACCUCACGUCAAGGAUUUCCUGGCCGGCUGGCAUCGCCUGGAUCCCACCACGUCUCAAGGCGCCGGUCGUGAAUCCAUUUCCGCACAAGCCGCUCUGAUGUACGACGCCGUGUUCGUCCUCGUCGAAGCCUUUAACAAGUUUCUGAGAAAAAGGACCGAUAAGAAUAACACGAGGCGAAUAGCGACGCCCGGCAGCAGCCAGCCUACAAACGGGACGAGAUCUCUGGACUGCAACAACAACCGCGGCUGGGUGACUCCGUGGGAGUACGGCGACAAAAUCUCGAGGCUCUUGAGAAAGGUGGAGAUCGAAGGGCUAACGGGAGAGAUACGGUUCAACGACGACGGCCGUCGACAGAAUUACACGCUUCACGUCGUCGAGAUGACCGUCAACAGCGCCAUGGUAAAAGUUGCCGAAUGGACCGACGAGGGUGGCUUUCAAGCGAUCGCCGCAAAAUACGUGCGACUUCGUCCGCACACAGAGAUCGAGAAGAAUAAAACGUACAUCGUCACUACGAUAUUGGAGGACCCAUACAUCAUGAGGAAAAUGUCGGACACGGGUGAAAUAUUAGUCGGGAACGAUAGUUACGAAGGCUACUGCAAGGACCUGGCUGAGCUCAUCGCCAAAAAGUUGGGCAUAUCGUACGAGCUGCGGAUCGUGAAGGACGGAAAAUACGGCACAGAGAACCCGGAUGUGCCGGGCGGUUGGGACGGCAUGGUCGGGGAGCUUAUCAGAAAGGAGGCCGACAUUGCGAUCGCUCCCAUCACCAUCACCUCCGAGCGAGAGCGCGUGAUCGACUUUAGCAAGCCGUUCAUGUCUCUCGGCAUCAGCAUCAUGAUAAAAAAGCCCAUCAAACAAAAGCCCGGGGUCUUCAGCUUCCUGAAUCCGCUGAGCAAGGAGAUCUGGGUGUGCGUUAUUUUCGCCUACAUCGCAGUUUCCAUCGUCCUGUUUAUUGUCUCGAGAUUCUCGCCGUACGAGUGGAGGGUCUUGACCAUCAGCGGUAGCACAGAUUCGGCCAUUAGCGGACGCAACGAGCCCAGUUUGCAGCAUCCUCACACACCGCAAGGUUCGCCCCACGUGCCAACUUCCAGCAUGGCCAACGAUUUCAGCAUCGUAAACAGCCUCUGGUUCGCCCUGGCGGCGUUUAUGCAACAGGGCUGCGAUAUCUCGCCCAGGUCCAUAUCCGGCCGCAUCGCCGGCAGCGUCUGGUGGUUCUUCACUCUGAUUUUGAUAUCCUCCUACACCGCCAAUCUCGCCGCGUUUCUGACUAUCGAGAGGAUGGUCACGCCGAUCAACUCGCCCGAGGAUUUGGCGUCGCAGACGGAGGUACAAUACGGCACCCUCGCCCACGGCUCCACCUGGGAUUUUUUUCGAAAAUCUCAGAUCAGUCUCUACAGCAAGAUGUGGGAGUUCAUGAACUCGCGGAAGCACGUGUUCGUCAAGUCGUACGAGGAGGGAAUACGAAGAGUGCGAACGAGUAAGGGCAAGUACGCGCUUCUGAUAGAGAGCCCGACGAACGAGUACAUCAACGAGAGAGAGCCCUGCGACACGAUGAAGGUCGGCAGGAAUCUCGACGCCAAGGGAUUUGGCAUCGCGACGCCGCUCGGAUCACCGCUCAAGGAUCCCAUAAACCUGGCGGUGCUGUCACUGAAGGAAAACGGAGAAUUGGCAAAGUUGGUGGAACGAUGGUGGUACGAGAGAACGGAAUGUCGGCACGGCGACAAGCAGGACGCCACCCGAAACGAGUUAUCGCUGAGCAACGUGGCGGGACUAUUUUAUAUCCUCAUCGGUGGCCUUCUCUUGGCACUCGCCGUGGCUCUUUUGGAAUUCUGCUACAAGUCGCAUACAGAAGCGACCAGAGCGAAGAUACCUUUGUCGGACGCCAUGAAGGCGAAAGCGCGACUCACCAUCGGUGCUGGUCGCGAUUUCGACAAUGGACGGUGGUACGGACUGCAGAGUUAGACGGAGGAUGCAUGCGCCUUUCCCGGGACCAUAUUACUACACUCCAGCAAACGCGAUUGGGAAUACCGAGGGCGAGCAGGUACACAGCAAUACACAUACCCAGGUGUAAACCACUACCUGGAGAGCCCGAGCGACUCGCCCGCCGUUUCGCUGCCCACGCCCCCGCCGCCGCCGCUGGUGGCACCUCCGCCGCCACCCCCGCCGCCCAGG